UCGUACCAGAGCCCCAACGGGGUGCUUUUCACCGACUUCCCCGUGGAGGACAGGUGCACCUUCACCGUGACUCAGCCUGCCGGCACCGUCAGCACCUGCACGGGCAGCGGAGUGCUCCGGAGGGGCCCCUCGUUUUUCAGUUCCAGCAUGGGAUCGGUGUCCAACGGGAAGGUGCGGCCUCCCGCCUGUAAAGCGGUCUCUCCUGAGCGGUCCUCCCAGGUGCUCGCUCUGGUUUCGAACAGUUCUGUCGGUUUUACUGCCAACGGCACCAUUACCUCACCAGGAAGCCAGCUGGGCCAUCCCCUGAGGAUUUCCAGUCAGUCGGCGCUCGCACCGCAGCGAGAGCAGAUUGUUUUCACAGCCAGCCCUCAGCCUUCACCUACUGGAAACGCACCUCCCUCCAGUAACAGCAACGCGGCCGCGCUGCCCUUGCAAUGCAGCCGUGUUUCCAAAAUACCAGAAAAAGUGCCGCUGGGGCCCCCCGUGGUUUCCCAGGCGGUGUCCCCCGAGCAAGGCGUGACUCUUCAGAGGCCGGCGUCCCCUCAGGACCAGCCCGUGGAGCAGCAGCCUGUGGUCCUGAGCACCCACAGCCCCGCCGCUCUCAAGGUGGGCACUCAGCAGAUCAUUCCCAAGAGUUUGGCUUCCGAAAUAAAGGUGACGAGCAAAGCCAACAGCCAGAAUGCGGAGACGAGCAAGAGGGUGCUGAAGGUCCGCAGCAUGGUGGAGAGCCUCAGCGUGCCUUUGGUGGCUGAUGCUGAGGAAGAGGCCGAGGGCGACCUGGACAGCCCAGGGACCCUGAGGCGCGGCCUGAGGUCGACGUCCUACCGCAGAGCGGUGGUGAGCGGCGUGGACUUCGACAGCUCUAGUAAUUUUAAGAAAAAAAACAGAGUGUCUCAGCCCAUACUUAAAGCAGUUGUUGAAGAUAAAGAGAAAUUUUCGAGCCUGGGGAGGAUAAAGAAGAAAAUGCUGAAAGGACAAGGGACGUUUGAUGGGGAAGAAAACGCAGUAUUAUAUCAGAACUAUAAAGAAAAAGCUCUGGACAUAGAUUCUGAUGAAGAGUCUGAGCCCCGAGAGCAGAAAUCGGAUGAGAAGAUUGUUUUUCACUAUAAGCCCCUGAGAUCAACAUGGAGUCAGCUGUCUGUUGUAAAGAAGAAUGGAUUAACAGAAGCAAUCAGCCAGGAAGAAAGAAAAAGACAGGAGGCAAUAUUUGAAGUUAUAUCUUCUGAGCAUUCUUAUUUGCUGAGCUUGGAGAUUCUGAUCCGGAUGUUUAAAAAUUCCAGGGAACUGAGUCUCACAAUGACCAAAACGGAAAGCCAUCACCUUUUCUCCAAUAUCACGGAUGUUUACGAAGCAAGCAAAAAGUUCUUUAAAGAACUUGAAGCAAGACAUCAAAACAACAUCUUCAUUGAUGAUAUUAGUGAUAUAGUUGAAAAGCAUACUUCUUCAACAUUUGAUCCAUACGUAAAGUACUGCACCAAUGAAGUCUAUCAGCAGCGAACACUGCAGAAAUUACUAGCCACAAAUCCAGCAUUUAAAGAGGUGUUAUCACGGAUAGAGUCCCAUGCAGAUUGCCGGAAUUUACCGAUGAUCUCUUUCCUCAUUCUUCCCAUGCAGAGAGUUACUCGUCUUCCCUUACUGAUGGAUACUAUUUGUCAGAAAACUCCUAAGGAUUCACCAAAAUAUGAGAACUGCAAGCAAGCUCUGAAAGAAGUGAGCAAGCUGGUGCGUUUAUGCAACGAAGGUGCUCGGAAAAUGGAAAGGACAGAAAUGAUGUACACAAUUAACUCCCAACUGGAAUUUAAAAUCAAGUUUGAGGAGUCCUCCUUUUUGUGGGAGGUGAUUGAGAGCGGGAUGACGUUAGGGAGUGCUGCACGCUGCAGAAUUCAAGGAGGCAGUGGUGUGAAAUGCAUCCGCCCAGCUGGCUUUCCCAGCCGCUGGGUGCGUCGGCUCCUGGGUCACACCUGCAGGCAGGAGUCACCCAACUUCGCCUACGACAGCGCAUUUGGCAGCGUUGGAUGUGUAACCAAAACGGUGUGA